GUUUAGUUUUUUCAAAACUUUUCCUUUAGGGCUCUUGCGAAGAAUGCUGCUCGGGAGUGCGGCAAAUGGAAAUGGAAUCGUCGUCUUCAAACAAUUCAGGUCUCGUCAGCUGCUGAGCGGCAGGAUUUCCAGCUGCAAAAUUCCUAGCUCGCAUUUCUCGCUGUCUAGGAGUCACUUAAUUCGAUGCGAGGCCGCCUCCAACGCAGCAGUGUCGAGCGUUCCUGGUAUCGAGUGGGUCCAAAGAACUUUCGAUCUCCCACCAUAUAAAAGAGGAUGUCACAUAAUCACCCAGCAAAUCUACAAGGCCGUGCCGGAGAUUAGAAACUUUCGAGUCGGCAUUGCUCACAUCUUUGUGAUGCACACCUCGGCGAGUCUCACCAUCAACGAGAACGCGAGCCCCGACGUACCACUCGACAUGGAGGACGCCUUAAACAAGAUCGCUCCAGAGGGUCACCACUACCGUCAUCUCGAUGAAGGACUGGAUGAUAUGCCGGCUCAUGUCAAAUCUUCGAUCAUGGGUUGUUCGUUGAGUGUGCCGAUCACCGCUGGGAGAUUAAAUCUUGGAAUCUGGCAGGGAGUCUGGCUCAACGAGCAUAGAGACUAUGGAGGCAGUCGAAGGCUCUGCAUCACAAUCCAUGGACAAUGCUGAGUAUAAAUACUACGAAGUGAAAAGCUCAUACGCAAAAGAAAACCAUACCUGGAAGUUGUAUACAAACAACCCGAGUCCGAAGGAAGAUUUGGUUCUGCCACCAUCUUUCUCUGUGAGAUCAAACUCGAAAGUUCUCCGUAAAUUCUGAUCAAACAACAAGAUCACAGACUUUCCUAGUGUUUCUUAUGUGGUUUCUGAAUGCCACGCUUGUACCGGGUAAUGGACAGCCAGUUCUGGAUCUGUAACAAGAAAGUUCCACACAGGCUUUGCUAGAACGAUGCCACUAAAGAAA